GGCCUUCCGACAGCCCUCAUUUCAUCAUCAGGCGAGGCUCUCUUUACCAUGGCCUCGCCGGGCACCUGGGACCGAAAGAGCGGCGGCUCUCAAUCGAGCGUCGUCACCAGCCGCACCAUCCCGACCAUGCAGCGCUCUCGCAGCAGCGGCCAGGAAAAUGCCGCUCUCUUGGCCAACGGAAGCAGUGACGUCGAUAGCCGCGCCGCAGCACGCCGCCUUCGCCGCCAGUACCAGCAGCAACCAAUCGCGCAGCUUGAGCACCAUUAUCACCGCCAACACCAACGGCCGACGCCUUCGCAGCAGGUGCAUCACAACUCGCGCGGUUUUUUCGACGGCCCGCCGCGCCUCGUUUCGUCGCAUACGUCGUCGUCUGCGGCCGCGGCGUCAGCUUCGCUACGCUCGUCGACGUCCAGAUUGCCAUCCAAGAUGGAGCUCCGACGCAGCGAAGGGAGCGGUAACAAGGCCGCUCUUAGUCGUAGUCAUGGAGCGCUGGGAGCCCCGGUGUUCCGCAGCAGCCGGACAGCCAAAGUGAGUGCGAAUGCAAGCGCCGGUGGCUUCUCGCCUGGUUCUAGUGGACACAGCAUCCAUAGUGAGAGCAACAACAGUAGUGGAGGAGGGCAGAGUACGCCGUACGAGCAGUGGAGACGACUGAGAAGGGCACGUACUGCCAGUGGAAACAGUUGUGCCAGUACCAGCAGCACCAGCAGCUUCGCGUCGUACGUGGUGAAUCCCAAGACGGGUCGACAUGAUUUCGGACUGGGUAGUGACGAUGAAUUAGAGGAGGAAGAGGAGGAAGACUUGGACAGUGUCAUGGAUGUAGAAGAGGAAGACAGACAGGAAGGACUACCGUCUGUACUGCAGCAUAUCAUCGCGCCGGCGCUGCCUCCGCCACCGUAUCCCGUCGACCCGUAUCACUUUUACAGCAAGUCCAAACAGACAAACACUGGAGCUGGAACUGCUGCUGCAGAGGUGACAUCGACUCUAGCGGCGCUGUUUGCAGACUGCGGCAUUGAAGCCAUCUUCCAUCCACUCAAGUGCAAGUUCAAGUGCCUCAAGUAUGUGCACUACAGCCACGUCGAGUUUGUAGUGCGAGUGUAUGCACAUCAACGCACGCUACUUGUAGAAUUCCAGAGACGCAGCGGAAGUGUCCUGCUGUGGGACGGACUAUAUCGUAUUCUUCACCAGAAACUGUCGCCUAUUAUCGACGCCACUGCCUUGCCGUGCUCGCAAAGUAGCGGCCAAAAACGCGUUGCGAGGGAUAAUUCUUCAGCUUCAGGUGAUCAUGUCCACGGAUCAAACCAGCACAAUCAUGCCCAUUCUUCGGAUCGUGAUGGUUUUGGGUCGCAGAUUUGGCGAACGUUGUCACUCAAAAAGCCGACGCCCAGCUCCGGCGUCGAGGCGAUGAAAAUCAUGCUUACGUCUCGGUAUCUUGAUGCAAUGCGUGAAGGCUGUGCUGGUCUUGCAGAGCUCACAGAGGACGUUCAGAACUCCUGUCUGGUUGCCCAUGCUGACCUGGUGACGCCAUUGAUUCAAGCCGCUGAAGCUACAGACCUCAGUAUGUCACGAUGUGCCGUCGGAGCGCUGGCUAACAUCGCUCGCGCCGUCCCGCGGUUCCCAGAUACUGAAUUAUCUUUGGCUCGUCGGACAGCACAGCAGCUUCGAAUCCAAGCCACGCCCGUGAUAUUGGCACAGCUUGAGGAUGCAAGUGAACGCUCACUGUUUUCGAUUGAGCUACUCCGGGAAUGUGCCCGAGCACUAGGCGCGUUUUCCAGACUGGUGUCGGAAGUUGACCCGCGGUCUGUUGCGGCCUUCAGUGUAAACGAUGAACGCAGUGUACGCGUCCUUCGUCUUCACGCGAAACACCGUGAUGCCCAGCUUGCAUCUCAUUGCCGUGCUGCGUUGGAACAGUUGUGUCUGAGCGUGUAGUAACUGUGUAGCAUAGCUAACGAGUAACGAACGAUGUUGUCUUUUAUCCGUAAAACUGCAGCCUGAUGGAUGUACA